AUGGAUCAAAGAACAGAAAUUGACUUGAAAGAAUCCGCAGCGAGUUUGACCAUGCAUGGAUUCGGAAGAUUGCUUUCGACCAAAUCAAAGGCAAUGAGAUGCAUCUGGCUGUUGCUAAUUCUUUUCUUCAUAUCACUUGUAAUUUUGACAGUGAUGCCAACAAUUCGGGGCUACUUCAAAAGCCCGUCUUUAACAAAAGAAGAAACUGUUCGGGUAUCUGAAAUGAAAAUGCCAGCCAUAACUGUAUGCGGACCAAGCUUUAGUAAAGCUAAAGUCACAAAAUUCGCAAAAGAGAAAAACAUAACCGUUAAAUAUAACCGGAUUGGACUUAUAGACAACAUCGAUGACAUAUUAGGGAGAGCUUCCUCUCUAGAAGAUAUAGCAUAUGAUAACAACACCAUGUUUAUUAUCAACCCUGACGAAAAUGACAUUGCCAUCGAAAGAGUGCUUGUGGCCAACCAAGGUUACUGCUACAAAAUAAAUGCGAAUGGAUUUUUCGUACAACGCUCGACUGAUAUCGAGAAAUUUCUUUUCAUAGGAUUGUUCCUAAAUAUAUCAGAUGGAGUAUAUUUACGUAGGUCUACAACGGACUCCGUUGAAGUGAACAUACAAGAUCACAGACAACUUCCAUCACGGGAUUCUGGAACGGUUCUUGCUCCAGUAGGUCAUCUGACCUCUAUUGAAAUUAAAAAAACUGAAAUUAAGAGGCUAAAACCUCCGUACCCAUCAAAAUGCACAAAUGGCGAAAACUUGAGACUGCUUUUCAAAGGUGAUUAUUCGAUUAGCAAUUGCCGACUGUCUUGUUUCCUUAUCCAAGUUUCUCAAAAAUGUUCUGGUAUCCACUUUUUUGAUAGCAUCCUUUUACCAAAGGCGAUGAGAAAGAGGCUCGCAAGAAAUGAAAGCGAAUUAUCAUGCACUUAUUCAAUUUAUGAAAGCCUCUAUAAUUCGAAUUACGCUUCCUGCAACUGUGAACUACCGUGUACAGAAACAAGAUACAAUAAAUAUUCAUCAUCUGCAAAGCUAACAUCUUCUGAUCCAAGUAUCCAUAAGCACAUCGUGGCUAUUAACGUCUUCUUUGGGGGUAUGGAGUAUGAGAAAAUAACUGAAUUUAAAAUGUAUACUACUGAAAGGUUUGUUGGAGAAAUCGGAGGCCAGAUGGGAAUAUGGAUUGGUGCAUCAAUUUUUUCUGUAUUUGAGCUGAUUUAUUUGUUCGUCCAGUUUGCGGGUGUUUUUUGCCGGAAGAAGAGAAGGAAAUCUUCUAACCUCGAAAAAGGGAUGUCAAAAGAAGCGAAUGAUUCUGUUUUAUGA